AUGCGUUUCUUGGUUGUAUUGGCCCUUUGCUUCGCGGCUGUAACAGCCGUCCCAUCAAAAUCGCAAAGGAUAGUUGGUGGUAGCUUAGCUACUAUUAGCCAAUACCCUAGCAUUGCCGCUCUUCUAUACUCAUGGAACUUGAGCUCAUACUGGCAAUCUUGCGGAGGUACCAUUAUAAACAACCGUUCCAUCCUUACUGCUGCUCACUGCACUAUUGGUGAUGCACCUAACAGAUGGCGAAUUCGUAUCGGCUCAUCUUGGGCAAACAGCGGUGGUACCGUUUACACCGUCUCUCAGAACAUUGUCCAUGGCUCAUAUAACCCAAGAACCUAUGAUAAUGACAUUUCUCUACUGCGCUCCUCCGCCGGUUUCAUCUUUGGCACCAAUGCUAACUUUGCUAGUAUCGCUGGUCCCGCCUACUUCCCAUCUGACAACCAAGCUGUCUGGGCUGCAGGAUGGGGUGACACUUUCGUGCGAAACAGUUACGACGCGUUUUACGUAGCUCCAAAAUAUUAA